AUGGCAAUUAUACUCUCAAGGAAAAAACCCUGUGUAGUAGAAGGAUCUGAUUACAUCAAUGCCAGUUUUAUUGAUGGCUACAGACAACAGAAAGCCUACAUCGCUACCCAGGGGCCCUUGGCAGAGACCACUGAAGAUUUCUGGCGGAUACUCUGGGAACACAAUUCCACCAUCGUUGUGAUGCUCACCAAGCUGCAUGAAAUGGGCAGAGAGAAAUGUCACCAAUACUGGCCAGCAGAACGGUCUGCAAAAUACCAGUACUUUGUUGUAGAUCCCAUGGCUGAGUACAACAUGCCACAGUAUAUCCUAAGGAAAUUCAAGGUCACAGAUGCCAGG